CCCCCAGACACCGAGGUGUGUGAGUACGGCUGGCAGAAGUUCCAGUCCCACUGCUACAAGUACUUCACCCACCGCCGCACCUGGGACGCCGCCGAGCGGGAGUGUCGUCUCCACGGCGCCCACCUGGUCAGCGUCCUAUCCCAGGAGGAGCAGCAGUAUGUCAACCGUCUGGGCCAUGACUAUCAGUGGAUCGGCCUGAACGACAAGAUGUUCGAGAGAGACUUCCGGUGGACGGACAGCAGACCAGCGCAAUACGAAAACUGGAGGCCCAACCAGCCAGAUAGCUUCUUCCAGUCAGGGGAGGACUGCGUGGUGAUGAUCUGGCACGAGGACGGCCAGUGGAACGACGUGCCCUGCAACUAUCACCUCAGCUUCACCUGCAAGAAGGGAACAGUGUCGUGCAGCCAGCCCCCGGUUGUGAGAGACGCCCGGGUGUUCGGCUCCAUGAAGCCUCGCUACGAGAUCAACUCUCUGGUGCGCUACCACUGCAAACAUGGCUUCAUCCAGAGACACGUGCCCACCAUCCGCUGCCGUGACGACGGCCAAUGGGACAGCCCCAGGGUCUCCUGCAUGAGCCCUGCCACUUUUCACCGGACUUUCGCUCUCAAGCACCGCAGCGGUCAAAGCCACCAUCACCACCACCACCACGACAUCCACAGCAAGGACGUGUUUCCCGAGCAGAAUCGGGAGCAGAGGGAGAGGAGAUCCCACCAGCGUGGCGGAGGUCACAGGGGUCACCACUGAGGUUCCGCCAGUCCUGAGGAGGCCAGUCCUGCUCCCCGGCCUGGCUCCCACUCCGCCCGAGACCCAGAGACACUCAUAACUCGACUGCACUGUCACUCCAAACCUGUGUCCCAUCAGCCCAGUCAGCCAGUGAGUUCGCAAGCUAGGACACUUUGACAUAAUUCCUCUCGAUUGGUUCGAAUGAAUCUUUGGCUAACCGUUGAACGAUAAUGAAUCCUUUCAUAUGACUUCAAGAAGUGUGGUUGUGACGUGUUUUGAGAACUUUCUUUUGUUAUCUUACUGACCUGGAGUCCUGAAAUCACCCCCCCCCCCUCCCCCGAAGAUGCCGUAUCUUCUCUCAGACAAAAUUGUGAGACUAGGGUAGCCCGGAGAGAAACUAGCCGACACUGCAGUUCUGCAGACCACAUCUGAAUGAGUCUAGAGCGUUCAGAAGGUAAAUAGUCCACAGAAAGGACCGAUAUUUCAUAAUUAGCUCACUAAAGUACCCAAAUAUUUGCGAAAAUCGCUAUGCAAUUACUCCAGAGAACAAUGCGUCGUUACCUGAAUCCAGUUAACUUUUUUUAUAGAUCUAUUAAGCUUUGUUUUUAAGGGAGAGAAUGCAACAAGGUUAAAUUAUUUGAUAUUUCCACAUGGGUAAAAGCUGCCCAUAUAGAUUAUCUACCUGAGAUGAAUGAUAAAGCAGAAUGAACUGUCAAGAGCCAUUUUCAUUUUAGUCUGCCGUGCGCCGCAUUUUAUACAAGAAGACCUUUCUGCAUUUAACCUUUAACGGUUUUCUGCAUUUAACCUUCAUAACGUGUCGUUUGUUCUGCAUAUACACAGUAAAAGAGGGAAGUAUAGGUAUGCUGUACGUAUUGUGUCUGGAAACAAUACUCUUGUAAGAUGGAUAAAAGGUCUAUAUGAAUCUAUAUUGGUUUAAUUUAUUGCAUACAUAAGCGCUAUGAAUGGACUGUGAUUCUGAAUGAAAGUCAGUAGAAUUGAAGCCAUCCAAACAGUGACAGCUUCCUUCCUGUUUACAGGUUUCUGCCUUGUCGUAUAUUGCAGAUAAAACAUCUUCUCCUCACUUCUCGCUACAUUGCCUUUGUGUACUCCUAAGUAGCUCCUAAACGUUGUUUUUCCGAGGUAAUCCCGAUCUUUGAGCUGUUGUAGUCCGGAGGCCUGAUUCCCAGCAUAACCGCUGCCCACCAAACAACACUUGAACUUUUUUCCCACUCCUUUGUCGUUGACCUGUCCGCUCCAUACAUAGUAUCUGUGUUGUAUUAUAUCUGUCUGUUCUGCCCCAUGGUGGAGGUAAUGGGGCUACUGGAUCGGGUGCAGUGAUGUCAUCCGUCGAUGACAAGCUUUUCUUGUUGACGGUCUGUUUCGUGUGUUACGUUUAACUGCCACUGUUCCUGUGUAUGCUUCAUUCCAGGCUCCCUGUCGGUCUGCUGUUUGUGCAAUAAAAAUCAGUACGUUAACACAUUA